UACUAGACUCAAAGUCGGUUCAAUUAAAGUAAACAAACCGAGUUUAAGAACACAACUUCGACUGUCCCGUGGAAGAUACAGUUUUAAAUGUUCGAAUUCCGAAGUAGAAGAAGAUGAAGUGAUUGAUUAGAUUGAAAUCGAUCACAUCUCUGUAGCAAAAACCAUCUCUCUCUCUCGCCUGCAAAGUUUUCUCCUUUUCAAGCCGAACGACCCACUUCGGGAAUCUUCAUCUUUCUACGUGUUUUCUCUGCUAAUGUAUCUGUGGGUUCGACUUCAGUAAAAAGCUUCACCAGCCAUGGAUUUCGUCAGGGGUUUUUGGAGGAAGCAUAGAAGGAAGGUCUUGGUGACUGCUGGUUGUUUAGGAAGUGGGUAUUUGCUCUACAAACUAUACAAUUCCCAUACUCGUAGGCUUGCUGAUUUGGAACGAGAACUAGCUCACGAGCGUGAAAAUGACGAAAUCAUCAAAACGCAAAUGAAAGCACAUUUCGAGAGUAUUCAGAUGAUUGUAGAUUCGACCACACUGCCUCACGCCAUUCAGUAUUUGAGUAUCCGUAUAAGCGAGGAGAUCGAUGUCUCGUAUGUUAUGGACAGACUGGACAAAGGGAAAGGAAUGUUGAGUUCACCUGAGAAGCUUCAGCUCUGGGACGAGCUCAAGAUUUUGAGUUUCACGAGGAUGGUUUUGUCUCUGUGGUCUGUCACAAUGCUUAGCUUAUACAUUAGGGUUCAAGUCAACAUUUUAGGCAGACAUUUGUAUGUUGACACCGCACGAGCUCUUGGCAGCUCUCAUAUCCUUGAAGAGUUAGAUCUCAUUGAUAGAGAUGAUGAACAGAAGUUUUUGUCAAGUGCUGAUUUUCUUGUCACCAAUGCAAUGCCAAGUUUGAUUUCAGAUAUGCAGGGUGCAGUCGAGGAAGUCCUUAGAGGAAAGCAGUUGAAGGAUGUAAUUACCACAAGAGUUCUUCAAGAAACCGUGAUGCGGGUUUUAGAAGUGUUUAUGAGCACUGGAAGUCCACAUCACUGGGUUGAUUAUUUAAUGAUGCCUCAAGACACAAAGCUUUCAGGAACCACAAGCGGCUCUUCUGAUGAAACAGUGUCCAAGUUUCAUCAACUCAUGGUUGAGACCCGAGAAGUACUCAUCAACACUGAAUUCACAAAUAUAGUGGAAAUUUCGCUCAAGUGUUUCACGGAUGCGUUGGUAGAGGAAAUGGAAACGCAGACUAUAGCGGGCGGUUUGGCUACAGGGAAACCAUUGGCAAAGGUCUUACCACACAUUGAGAAAACAAUGAAUGUGAUUACAGCUGAACCAAGCAAGAACCGGUUCUUACAAAUCAUCAGAGAUCUGCCUGAAGUUAAACUCUUUUUUGCUCUUUUAUACGCUAAUAUGCCGCAAUAGCAACUUUUGUUUGUUCUCUUAGCAAUUCCCCAAAGUGUUCGCGAUUUGCUUUCUCUUUUUGGGGUCUUAUUAGUUUGAAAGAAUGCAGGAAUUUUUGUGUUUUGAGCUUGUAGAAUCAAAGUUGAUUUGUUUUCUUUUUUU